AUGCAAGUAAAUUAUGCUUUAGAGAUUAAAAUUAUUAAUGUAGAGAACCAAUCAUUACAGAUACUUUUACUUUAUGCUUGUAUCAACCUAGCAAACAGCAAUUGUAAAUAUGAUAAUAAUCAAUGUUAACUAUAACCAAGCUAAGAUGUUGGAUGUCUAAGCAAUUUGAGCAUUGGUGCUUGUAUAAAUUAAAAAAAGACUUGCAAAUUCACAGAAGGGGUUUGUGGAGAUUUUACAGUAGAUACCAUCGAUGACUUUUUAAAAUCAGAAGUAAAUUACCCUUAUUCAAUAUCUGUGUGUUCUAAACUUGAUAGCAGCAGUGAGACAUAUAAAGAAUCCUUCAUCUACAACACAAUCUUAUAAAGAUGCAUUUAAAUUACUGAUCGAAGUCCUUAUAUUAGUGAUUGUACCCUACCUGGCAUCAAUAAAUUUGCCUGUCUCACUAAAACCAACACUUUUUGUAGUUACACCAAUAACCAAUGCUAAAGUCAAACCAAAACUUCACUUCAACAGAUUUUAUCUUGUUCUGACACUUUGAAUUGGUAUUCUUGCUCUUUGAUAGUCACAGACAAAGGAACAUUAUGCAAAUUUAAGGAUAAUAAGUGUUAAGAUGUAGAUGACAAACUAGACACCUGUUAAACCUUAUAAGGUUAAAAGGCCAUUGUAAGCUCAAGUGUUUGUGCAUCCAGAACUGAUUUGCCUUGUAGAUUGAAUACCCAAACCAAUUAGUGUAAAGUAAUUGAUAAAAGUGAGAUUUAUGUUUGCAAAGAAUCAGGGUUAAACUUAAUUGGAUGCCGAUUCCAAACAUAAGGUUCAUUGUGUAUCUUUUAAGGUGGUACUUGCUAAAAUAGUUAUGGAAAUACUAAUUGUAAAGAUCUAGUCAACAAAGACAAGUGUUUAUCUAUAAGAACCAAAAAGCAAUUUUGCUAUUUUGAUGACACUCUGGGAUGUCAAGAUAUAGUAAUCAACGCAGAUAUAGCUAAAUGUGGUGUAUUUAGCAAACAAACUAAUCCCCUUGUUUGCGCUCUUGCUACUGCCUAAGCUUCUACAGCAUGCUAUUACAAUGAUAAUGAAAAGAAGUGCGAAGAAUUUAAAUCAGAUACUUUAACCGAGUGGGCUAAUAGAAUCUCGUUUAAUUCCAAAGCUUGUCAACUCUAUGAAGCUGAUAGCAAAUUAACCUAUUGGAAAGAUGAGUGUUUAGAAAUACCUACAUAAUAAUUAUUGUAUCUUGAUUGCGACAGUUAGGCCAAUCGAUUAGGAUGUAUAAAUAUUACUAAUCCCAAUGCUUAAUGUAUAUUCAAUAAGACCACCAAUAAAUGCGAAAAAGUCACAGAUUUCACAAAAGCUUGUGUUAGUUACGAAAAUAUCAACUCUAGCAUUAUUUGUGAGAAACCUACUGACAGUAGUUGUUACUUUAGUACUUCCGACUAUAAAUGUGUAAAUCUCAAUCCUGAAGAUGAAGUUGAUUGUAGUGUAUAAACUAAUGGAUACAAUAAGAUUGCAUGUGCAACGAAUAAGAAUUGUGUAUUCAGUGAUCGUUGCUAUUAAAAAGAGGAGGGUGAAUAUUCUCUCUGUGCUGAUGCAACCAAUAAUAAGACGAAUUGUUAGGCUGUAAAAUAUGAAGCAUGCUAAUUUAAAGAUAAUAGUUGUACUCUGAUUUCAGAUUUAUCCUCAAUUAAAUGUCAAGAUGCUGUUAAUAUAUUUGGUUGCUAAAAUGUUACGACUAAUGGAGUAUAUUGCCAAUUUAUAGAUGAGAAGUGCUAAGAGAUCAAUCCCUUAACUAUCAAAGACACAAGUUGUACAGAAGUAGGAAUUAUUAAUAGUUUUAUGUUUUGCGAAUAAGUAUCAGUAGAAGAUGAACUAUGCAAAUAUGAUGUUAAGAAGAAGUAGUGUGUUCUAACAGAACCAACUGAUGAAUUCAGUUGCAACAGAGGUCUAAAUCCACUGGCAUGUUUGAACAAAACAACCUAAUCACUCUAGUGUAAGUUUUGGAAUUAUUGUUAUGGACCAAAUUAUUAGAUUUUGAAUUGUGAUCCCAAACAAGUUGCCGAUUGUUGUACCCUCGCUUCCAAUUUAGAAUCAUGCUUAUUCUAAUCUUAAUUUAAUUGUGUUUGGACUAAUUAAUGCUUAAACUAUACAUCCAAUUAAAACUGA